GAAUUAACUCUUUUCGUCUUGAAACUUAAUUCCAUUCGUAGUUUUGCUAGAAAAACACACUUAUGCGUUGAAUUUAUUAAGAAAGAUACUUCAUUAAAACAAUUAUUUAACCAAAUCCAAAAAUAACUACAAUGCCAAACAGACGUCCAUUGUGGCAGAUUGCUGGUAAAAGAGAUCCAGAACAGGAACUAGAAGCUCAGCAAUGGAUUGAAUCUGUUACCAAUGAAAAAUUCCCAGCAGGUGUACCAUUUGAAUAUGCACUUAGGGAUGGAAUUAUUCUUUGUAAAUUAAUGAAUAAAUUAGCACCAGGAUCUAUAGCAAGAAUAAAUAUAUUAGGGGGUGAUUAUAAAAUGAUGGACAAUAUUAAUCAAUUUCAAAAGGCUUGUAUUGAAUAUGGCGUUCCUGAUGUAGAUUUAUUUCAGACUGUCGAUUUGUGGGAUCAAAAGAAUAUUUCUAGAGUAACCAUGACUAUAUUUGCUAUAGGUCGAACGGCUUAUAAACAUUUUGAGUGGAAAGGUCCAUUUUUAGGCCCUAGACCUUCAGAAGAAAAUAAACGCGAUUGGACAGAUGAUCAGCUACGUGCUGGGGAAGGGAUCAUUGGAUUACAAGCUGGCCAAAAUAAAGGUGCUACUCAAGCAGGACAAAACUUUGGAGCAACUAGAAAAAUUUUACUAGGAAAGUGAAUAAAUGUUGAAAGUAAUAUAUUUUGUGUUACCAUAAUAAUAUGUGAUUAACCAAAAAUAACAAAAUAGUUUUCAUAUUCGGCUACAUAUGUAAUUGUACAAAUUUAUUUUAUGAUGUUACUUAUUUGUGUUUAUAGUUUCCAGUUUUAAUUAUUUAUGUUUUCAUUAUUAUUAAAACAACUGAAGAACACA